CUCACAUGUUACAUACUUCGUGAGUCUGGUUUUCAGACAAGUGUGUAUGUAUUUAUAUGCUUACUAGUGAGUGUUAGCUGGAAUUCGUAAAUACUCAUCAGCAUGCUUUGGUUCUUAAUACAUAUUUUGCCUGAUACGCUGUGUCGUUGUGUUCAGUGGGAUGGUGAACUAACUGGUAAAGCCAGUUCGUGAAUGCCCUUAUUAUCAUGAGUAAAAUUACAAGUAUUUUUGAAAUUACUUUUUCUGCCUUAAAAUAAGACUUACAAUGGGCAAACGCACUCGACAUGCAGAUUCGAAUCCCUUGUCCAUAUAAGACCACCAGCGCGCCCAUUUGAGUGCUUAAAUUUCUGGGCAAAUUUAUUCCUGAUAUGGGUUUUGGUUGUUACUGAUGCCUCGGAAAAAGCCAUUAAAGAUCGAUAACCCUUCAUGUGUGUUCUGCUCUGAAGUUGAUCACCAUCCCCUAUUAGGACCAGUAGUUGAGAAGAAUGGGUUACGGAUGCAUACGAAUUGCAUAUUUGCUGCCAGUGGGUUGUCUCAAGCGGAUGAUGCAGAUGAAUCGUCAGAUGACUAUAUUGUCGGAUUCCCUGUUUCUUCGAUUGUCAACGAACUCAAGCGUGGUCGCAGCCUAAAAUGCUCAGUUUGUCGUCUCCAUGGGGCAUGUGUCGGUUGUGCUGUUAAUACUUGCCAUACCACUUUUCAUCUUCCGUGCCUGAUUAAAGCCCAAGGAGUGACUAUAUUUGAAGACCAUUUCCCAUCUUAUUGUCGGCGUCAUGCUCCUAGACAGAAUUUGGAUGAUUGGCUGGCGCAAUGUAAAGAACCCCCUUCUUGUUGCAUCUGCUUAUUUUCAAUCAUUCCGGAUAAAGAUUUCGAAGUCAACUGCUUGCCUAAGAAAAAACAAAAGAAUAUUUCUACUCUUGCUACCCCUGCAAAGGAAAGUGUCCCAAUUACAAGGGAAGUAAGACGUACAAGGCAAUCUUGCUUAACUCCCUCCACACCAAAGCGCAUCAUGGUAUCCAAUGGAAUGUCCUCUGUUAAAAAGAGAUUCUCCCAAUCUGACACAUACACUUGGGAGUUACCUGGUUCUUCUUCAGAACCUGAAGAACAAAAUCCCAUUCAACGACCAUCCGGACAACAACACUCGAAACGCAUUGCAUUACCACCACCAAUGUCGCACAUUCCCGAUUGGCUGGCUGACUACUUUCAGGAUCUUGCUUCUGAAAAGAGACUAACUGUCUAUGAAGCCUGGAAACACCACACUAUUCAUGGAUUAUGUUGUCCCUUGGCAUGGAUGCAUAGAAAUUGUAUCGCGGGUUUUGCUGUUUCUGCUGCAUUACAUUACUUGAAAUGUCCUUAUUGUGCAAAUAGAGAAAUAUUCAUCAGAAGUAUCAUCGAUUCUGGUAUAUGGGUUCCAGACCAGGAUGCAGCAUGGGAACUGGAGCCAGGAGCCUAUGCAGAUCUUGUUCCAACUAGUGAAUGUUCCUCCAAUUAUGAUCAAGACUCUCACAGCAGUAGUACAUCUACUACUACAACGCACUGUGAAUGUAAUGGGUGGAUUCAAAAGGUUGUAGAAGAUCAAGAGACGGAGGACUCUCAGGUCAUAGAUAUACGUAAUGGAUAUGAAUCGUCAAACGGGUCAGCAUCCACAGAUCAGGAGCACAUUUCAGUUCUUUCACUAAUAUGGAAUAAUCAGAAUUUCAGGAAACGUCGUCGACAAAAAUCUCCAAUUAGACGUCAGACGCAGAUACACCAAACCUUCCCAAAUACACCAAGACCAGCUCGUAUUUCCCGUAGGCAAACGUGCAUAACUGCACGAAGUGCCCAAAACGAUCACUCCCUAAUAAUAAUAUGAAUGAAAGUAGAUUACGUCAAGUAACUUUAGGAUCUUUCCUCUCUGUCAGGACCCAAACUUCCCGGUGAACCAUUUACGCAUCAACAAUUUUUAUCGGAAUUUAUUUCUACUUUCUAACUCUCCGACACUUUAAAGGUAAAGAUUGCAUUUGUAUAUAAUGAUGUUAUUAUUCACUUUAUUCGUUUUAACUUUUCGAAAAAGCAUCCGGUUGGUCUUUGCGAGUUGCAUUUAUUUUUGAUAUAUCUUCAAACGAAAAAGUUUUGGUCGCAUUGUCUUUUAAGACUUCAUGAGAAAUAUAUAUAUCCAAAUAAAUGGCGUAAAGUCGUCUAUUUAGGCAACUUUAAUCUCAA